AUGGACUACUCCCUGAGGCUUGCGGCCAUGAACUUGGUUCCUCCGCGCCGCCUCUCCACCUCGUCGCUCUCCUCCACCGGCUCCUCGCUGCUCGAGGACUCCGAGGACGAUCUGUUGAGCGACAGCGAGAGCCGGAGCCGCGGCAACGUGCAGCUGGAAGCGAGCGAGGACUCGGGGCAGAAGAGCCACUGGCAGAAGAUCCGGACCAUGGUGAAUCUGCCGGUCAUGAGCCCUUUCAAGCGGCGUUACUCCUGGGUGCAGCUGGCGGGGCACACAGGGAGUUUCAAGGCGGCUGGCACCAAUGGGCUAAUCCUGAAGCGCAGCUCGGAGCCGGAACGCUUGUGCCUGGCACGGCUGAUGGUGGAUGCGCUGCAGGGCUGCGUGCCAGCCUUCCACGGGGUGGUGGAGCGCGACGGUGAGAGCUACCUUCAGCUGCAAGACCUGCUGGAUGGCUUCGACGGGCCCUGCGUGCUUGACUGCAAGAUGGGUGUCAGGACGUACCUGGAGGAGGAGCUGACCAAAGCCCGGGAGCGACCCAAGCUGCGGAAGGACAUGUACAAGAAGAUGCUGGCGGUGGACCCUUCGGCGCCCACGGAGGAGGAGCAUGCGCAGCAUGCUGUCACCAAGCCGCGCUACAUGCAGUGGCGGGAAAGUAUCAGCUCCAGCACCACGCUGGGCUUCCGCAUCGAGGGCAUCAAGAAAGCCGAUGGCUCCUGCAGCACGGACUUCAAGACUACAAGGAGCCGAGAGCAGGUGACUCGAGUCUUUGAAGAGUUUGUGCAAGGAGAUGCUGAAGUACUGAGGAGGUAUCUGAAUCGCCUGCAGCAGAUCCGGGACACCCUGGAGGUCUCUGAGUUCUUCCAGAGGCAUGAGGUGAUCGGCAGCUCCCUCCUCUUCGUGCAUGACCACUGCCAUCGCGCUGGCGUGUGGCUCAUUGACUUCGGCAAGACCACGCCCCUCCCCGACGGCCAGACCUUGGACCACAGGCUGCCCUGGGAGGAGGGCAAUCGUGAAGACGGCUACUUGCUGGGAUUGGACAAUCUCAUUGGCAUCCUGGCCAGCCUGGCCGAGAGAUGAGGUUGUGCCUCUAUCUCCACUUGGCUUGGCAGAUCUGACUGACAGACCUGCGGCUUCAUCCAGGCGGUGCAUGCCGGGGAGAGACCUGGAGAGCCCUCCACCCGCCGGGCUGGCGGGUUAAUUCACAAGGCCCUAGGGGCCAGGUGACAGCUACAGAGGGGCAGCUCUGCAAAUGUGGGGGUGGGAGGGAGGGCUUGCGCUCCCAGGGACCCCAGUGUUCCCAGAGGUGAAUGACACUACUUUGUGGGGAAGGGGGCACAAUGGGCUGCUUCCUCAGUUGGGCUUUUCUGAAGCAGGGUGGGAGGGUGUCUGCUCUCUGGGGACCAGAUCAUCCAUUUUACUUAACAGGCACUGCUAGCCAAUCUGCCCCGCCACCCACACUACAACGGCCUGCCCUUCCCAAUAAAAUCAAAGAUCCCAGCAUGCCUCCUUCCCA